GUGAAAUAUUCAAUUAAUUAAACACCAAACAAAACCCAUUAACCAUGAACAAAAAACGAACCGUGUUAUUUAUGCCACUGAACUUUGUGGGCCCAGUAAAUUGCUGCGUUGGAAUGGGCCAGGUACUAUUGGGCGCCGGGCACCACGUUGUAUUUGCCGUACAACCGGAAUGGCAACAAAAGCUAACCACGUACGGCAACUUUAGCGUAGAGGUGUUGGGCCCUUCCGACCCAGAACCUGAGAACACCUCUACCACCAACACCACCGCUAACCCUGAUGAUUCAACCGAGCGCAACGUAGACAUCGUACGUGAUUUUCUACGCCAACUGACCCCAUUUGAAUCCACUACAAAAAAUCUCCGCGGUACAUUUGCCGACAUGAUACCCCAAAGUGCCCGUGACGACCCCUACUUGGCAGCUAUAAUUACGAGGGUAAAGCCCGACGUGAUCAUCGCCGAUCAUGUGAUGAACUUCCCGUCCAUUUUGCUCUCGGGCAUACCCUGGGUGUUCAGCUACAGUAGUAACCCGUUGUCACUAGACUUGUGCCACGAGGAUCGGCGACUACCGCCUUCCCUAUUAGGUUUGUCUAUUAAUAGCGACAAAAACGAGUGGGAAGUACUGCGAUCACGGCUAAGGGAGGUUCGCCUUGAGGUGUGGCCAGCCUAUAGGAAUUGGUUGGUAAAGGAGGGUUGCCAACCGGAUCAGCUACCCCUAAAGGGUCAACUAUGGUCACCCUCACCCUAUGCCAACGUUUACAUGUUUACUAAAGAGUUAGAUUACACAGAUGUGCGUCCAUUGCCCGAAACAUACCACCGGUUUGAUUACUGUAUGCGCACCGGGGGUGAGGGCCAGGAGCCGUUUGUUGUGCCCGAUUGUUUAAGGGGCAAACCUGGCAAACUUAUAUACUUCUCGCUGGGCUCCAUGGGUAGCGCCAAUGUCGAACUAAUGCGCCGAUUGGUUGGCAUACUGGCCAAUAGCCCGCACAGGUUUAUUGUGUCCAAGGGUGUUUACCACGAUCAAUAUGCACUGCCGGAUAAUAUGUGGGGCGCACGAACGGUUCCCCAGCUACAGGUGCUGGGCAUGGUUGAUUUAUUAAUCACACAUGGUGGUAAUAAUACGGUAACAGAAUGCAUGUACCAUGGUAAGCCGAUGGUGGUGAUGCCACUGUUUUGGAACCAGUAUGAUAACGCUCAGCGCGUUCACGAACAGGGGUUUGGCGUACGUAUGGAUCCGUUCGUAUGCACUGCCCCUGACUUGUUGGCCACCGUUGAUAGGCUUUUGGGCGAUAAACAAUUGAGUGUAAAAUUGGCUGCAGUUUCGCAUAGGAUUCAGACCGAGAAAAGUGUCGCUAUACACAUGUUAAUACAAAUCAACCCUGGUACAUCGGCCAUCGACAACACCGGUACACUUAUAUACAUCACCAAUGAUGACCAGGUGUACGGACUGGGCUGUAACCACUGGGGCUCACUAGGUCUAGGUCACUUUUAUGACGUACUCAACCCUACAUUAAUACCCGAACUAUGUCAUCAGGGUAUUCAACGAUUUAUCAACGGUGUAACAUUUGUACUAGCUCAAAACGCGCGUGGUGAGUUAUACAGUUUUGGUGACAACACGCUAGGCCAGUUAUGUCGGGAACUGGACGACCCCGAUAAUAGUUAUCAGAAACCGGCCAUGAUCGCCGCAUUCGCUGGCACUGAAUUGAUCGAGGUGAGUUGUGGCUACUCACACGCCCUGGCCCUAACCAGUGAGGGGAAUGUGUACGCCUGGGGUGCCAACAACACGGGCCAGUUGGGCGUUGAACAAGCUGGUAUAGCCUAUGCGCGUACACCUACCAGGGUAUAUUUUCCCAACGACUACAGUGUGUCCGCCGUAUACUGUUAUCACAAUCACUCGUUUGCCAUCACUAGCGACGGGUUUGCGUUCAGUUGGGGUCAAAAUAAUAGUUAUAAACUCGGUCACGAUGUGGAUGGUGAUUUGCGUACACCGCAGCUGAUUACCCGGAUGAAUCAGAUUCGUAGCAUAUGCUGCACAAACUUAAUGACAUACCUGUUGACAGCGGACGGCCAGCUGUACUGUUGCGGGGAAUUGCGGAACAGGUCGGGCGGCAAUUACAUACAUCGGACACCGUUCCCGCUCCAGACGUACGCCACGGUUCAGUCCAUAGCGCGCAUAGACUCUCAUAAGUGGUUUACCGAGAUUGUUGUGAUGAGUGAUCAAGAUGAUUAUGUUCACCGUGUUGAUAGUAAUAUGCUGAUGAAACCGACCAAGUAUAAAUGUUUUAGAGACUUUUUUGCCAAAGAGUACCAUGCUACUUAUCAGUCUAUUAGUUCGAUUUAUAAAUGUCCUGUUAAUCAGGGUAUAAAUGAUGCAACUGUGCCCUUAACAACUCAACCCGUACAGAAACGUGUUACCAUCUGUUUAAAUAACGCUCAUGUCACUCUGCCCUACGCGUAUGCCUAUGGUCGCAGCGAUCAGCCUUUAGAAUAUAUAAGAGUAGAUUCACAGAAAACAGCGUUUGUUAGCGAAUACGAGAACAUAAGCAAAACCUAUGGAGAAUUGAACAAUGAUGUAAAUAAAUUGGCAAAAGGCCUGUUGCAGUUUGGUAUUAAAAGGGGUGACAUAAUUGGUAUAUGGAGUUGUAACUCAUAUAACUGGAUUAAAAUACAAUAUGCGUGCGCUAAGCUGGGUAUAAUAAUGUGCACAAUUAAUCCGGGCUACCAAUGCUCCGAAUUGGAUUAUGUGUUACGGCGGGCACAAAUAAAGACCUUAUUUAUGCCCGGAUUGGACUCAAAACAGUUAAUAAUAAACAACUAUCACAAAGUUUUAAGCGAUGUCUUAACUAUGAGAAAAACUCAAACUAAUUCCGAUCCGUUAUUAUUAAAUCACGUAAUUUUUAUGGACGGCACCGAUACUCAAAUGUGUGAUCGUAACAAGGAUAGGGUAACCAGUAGUUUGUUAUCAGAUUUUUGCAAAACUGAUGGACAACUUCCCGACUCAGUAACGGAAUCGGUAACACCGGACGAUCCUGGAGGUACAACAGGCAAACCAAAAGGUGCUUAUUUAUCCCAUCAUACUUUAGCCUCAAAUUCGUGGGACAUAGACGAUCAGGAUAAAAUAUUUUGCAACCCAUUGCCAUUUUUUCACGCAUUUGGUGGCAUACUAGGCAAUUUGGGCAUGUGUGCUUUCCCAUUUAAAAAUGUUAUACCACACUUUAAAUUCAAUAUCAAACACAUGGUGGACACAAUAAUUAAACACGAAUGCACUUACAUGCUUGGUACACCGACCAUGGUCAUUGACAUGUUAGACUAUCUAGAAACAAAUAAAAUCAGGAUGGAUAGUUUGAAAGGCAUUGGCACAGGCGGAUCAUCAAUGCCUAUUGAGGUGGCCCAUCGAGCGCGCAAAAUUAUACCUUCAUGUUUUGAUAUGAGAGUUGCUUAUGGGGCUACAGAGGCUGGAACAUUUGGCACUGUAUCAGAUCAAUCUGACUCAAUUGAGCGCCGGUUGGAAACUUGUGGUCGACCAUUAUUUCACAUGGAGACUAAGAUUGUUGACCCAAAAACGGGAAAUGUGAAUUAUUAUCACGUGGACAUAAUCAGAUGGUUGGCUACUGGCGAGAUGAAAAGGCUACAAGGGAAGCAGUUGACCAUGCUGUCACUUUUUAAAAUGACCUAA